UUAAUUUUGUAUCCACAAAAAUAUUUACGCAAAACUCAGUCCGUUACUUUGAGAAUUGAUGCUACACUUGCUCUACUAAACUGCGUAUGGAAAUGCUAGCAAAGGGCCCAGGAAAUAUGUAAGUUCAUUGAAUUUGAAUUUGUUGAGAGUCAAGAUGGUGUAUGAAAGUAUUGCGAUGAUCAUUAAAAAACAACUCCCAGCAUAUCUCAAACGACUCCCUUUACCCGAGUCAAUCACUGGUUUUGCAAAGCUCACAGUUUCAGAAUGGUUGCAUUUGCUGCCCUUGCUUGGUGUUCUCGCACUGCUUGGGUAUCUCACCGUUCGUCCCUUCCUGCCAAAGAAAAAGCAACAGAAAGACAGCCUAAUUAACCUGAAGAUUCAAAAAGAAAACCCUAAAGUGGUAAAUGAGAUUGACAUUGAGGAUCUAAAAAGCACAAAUGUCUGCUACUGCAGAUGCUGGCGUUCAAAAACGUUUCCUGUGUGCGAUAAAUCCCACAUAAAACACAACGAGCUGACCGGAGACAAUGUGGGUCCGCUGAUUCUCAAGAAGAAAGUUUUAUAAGACUCGAUACUGCCUGGGAUUCAUCAUAGUUGCUUUACUGAUGUAGUUAAAAGUGAUUUUGAGGUUUUGUUUGUGUGCGUGUGUAAGUGCUUUGUUUGUUCUGGUAGACAGAUUACACUAUGUAACACAAUUUUUGUUCCUGGGUAGUAAGUGUUAUUUCCUAAUUGCUUAUGCCUCAAAAGU